AUGUCUGAACCUAUAGAGAAUACUGGUAUACCAAUGGAUAACGUUCCUGCUGUACCGACCGAAUCCCUGCCAAUAAAUAUUGAACAACAAGUACCUGCAGAGACCUUAAAUUCAGCAGAAAAUGUAAACGAAUCAGUCGACCACACAGAGAAUCAGUUACCUAAUGAAAACUCUGAAAGUGAUCAUGAUAGUGAAACAGCAAAUUUGUAUAACGAGGAUGCUGAUGCCCCAGAAGAGGAUAAAAAUGAAGAAGUUCCGCAGGAUAACAAUACGAAUGACGUGGAAGGUGAGGAAGACGUCAAAAAUGGUGAUGAAGAAGAAGGUGAAGGUGAGAGCAACGAUGACGAAGACGAUGACGAUGACGACGGUAGUGAUGAUGGUUCUGACUCAAGUGAAAGCUCAGAUUCCUCGUCAGAAGAAAGCGAGACGUCAAAUGCUGAAAAUGAGGAAGAGGAAAAAAUUGGUACCAGCGAAGGUUCAAACCAAGAAUCUGGAUCUGCAGAAAUCAAGGAGCCUUCUACAACAGAAACUUCUACUUCAGAAAAUCAAGUUACUUCUCUCUUAGAGAGACAAAUGGAAUAUAUGAAAGAGAGUCGUUUGUUAGAAGAUGAACAAUUUAAACAAUUAUCGGACCAAGAAAGAACUUUUUCAAUUUUGAAGUUAUUGAGUACUAACCCAGCUACAAAAAUUCCAAAUAGUAAUUCAGUUUUAACUCCAUCUUCAGUUCAUGUUCCACAAGCACCAAUCGAAUCUACUAAAAUCCAGUCUGACUACCCACCUCAACAAGAAAAUAUGACAUCUGGUAGAGCAGAUUUGAAUGCCCCCAUGAGUGCCCAUGAACGUGAACUGUAUGAUAUUUACCUACAAGGUGAAAACAAAAUUACAGAAAUGCACAAUAUCCCACCUAAAUCAAGAUUGUUUAUUGGUAACUUACCUUUAAAGAAUGUCACAAAGGAAGACCUGUUUAGAAUAUUUCAUCCUUAUGGUCAUAUUCUACAAAUUAAUAUCAAGAACGCGUUUGGUUUCAUUCAGUACGACAAUCAUCAAAGUGUUAUCAAUGCGAUUAAAGUGGAGUCCGAACAAAUGAAUUUUGGUAAGAAACUAAUUCUUGAAGUUUCAAGUUCUAAUGCUCGUCCUCAAUUUGAUCAUGGUGAUCAUGGUGCAAAUAGCAGUUCGACAUUUAUAUCUACAUCCAAGAGACCAUUCGAUAAUGAUGAUUAUGGGGCUACUGAUAAUUAUAGGGACAAUAGCGGUAACUCAAAGAGAACCAAACGUAGAGUUCCAGAAUGUUUGAUUUUUGUAAGAAGAACUGCAGAUAGAGCAUAUGCUACUGAAAUUUUCAAUAGUAUUAAAAAUGGUACUGGUCUAGAGACAGAUAUGAUGUUCUUAAAGCCACGUAUGGAACUUUGGAAAUUAGUUAACGAUGCUGCAUUCGAUGGUACUUGGGGUGUUAUAUUGGUUAAUAAGACUCAUGACGUUGAUAUCCAAACUUUUUAUAAGGGUCCACAAGGGGAAACAAAAUUUGAUGAGUACGUUGGUGUCUCAGCCCAAGAUGCGGUCGGAAUAUUUAACAAUUUGAAAACCUCAAGAAAGGGUGGUAGCAGAAUGCAACAUCCAACUAACAAUAGUGGAUUUGGUUAUGGCCAACCUUCAAUGGGUAUGCCUCCUGCCCAACAACAGCAGCAACAAGGAUACUAUGGAAAUUACAAUAUCCCACAACAACAAGGUUAUGGUAUGCCAUUACCACCAUCCCAAAACUAUGGAAUGGCUCCACCACAACAGGGGUACGGUAUGUCACCUCCUCCUCCUAUGAUGGGUCAAAGUUAUGGUCGUUAUCAAAAUAGUCAAAACUAUAAUGGUUACCAAAAUAUGCCAAUACCACCACAAAAUCAACCACCACCUAUGCCACAAAAUAACCAACUAUCGUCUUUAUUGGGAGGUAACCCUGGUCAGAUGGAUCAGCAGCAAUUACUUGGUGCUUUGCAAAACUUACCUCCAAACGUGAUAGCCAAUCUGUUGGCUUCAGCUCAACAACAACAACCACAGCAACCAAAUCAACAACAGCAAUUAGUAGGUUUAUUACAAUCCGCUCAACAGCAACAACAAAAUCCAUCGAGAUACAGCCAAAAUACCGCUAUACCAAACCAACACAUGGGCAGUAACGAUUAUAAUCAAGAUCGUAAUCCGAACAUGAAUUCAAGACAAGAUAAUCCACCUCAACAAUCACCCCAAGACCCAAAUGCCGGAGGUAACAAUGUUCAAAACUUAUUGGACAGCUUAGCUAAGUUGCAAAAAUAA